UUCAAAUGAUAGCAUCCUCGAAUGAAAGUGACAGCGGUAAAGGAAGCAGACUUGGUGUUCACUUCAAUUUCAAAAGAAACUUUACUGAGGAACCAAACAGUGUCAAAAUAACAGGGAUAGAUUCUCUCAUGAUGCAAAAAGUUAGGACAAGUGCCGUCAAAGAUGAAGAUAAGGCUAGAGUUAACAUCAAAGAGAUGAUGGAUGAUUUCCAUAAUAAAUCGAGUGAUCUUAUUGACUCCAUCAAGGGCACCCUCAUGAACUUAGAAUCUCAAAAAGAGAAGGAAGUUGUCAGAGUUUACAAGGAGCACAUGGAGAAUAUUGAAAAAGAACUUUGCAAAGUAAAGAAACAAGAGGAUGAAAAAUAAGGCUAAAAAGCAAGCACAAUUUAAAGAUCUGGUCGAUGAAAUCGAAUGGUAUAAAAAUGAAUCUAACAAGCUCACUGAAACAUAUGAAUUGCAGAAAAGAGAAAUCCAGAUGUUGAAAAGUAAAAAGCGAAAUAUUGUUGAAUACAACAAUAAGAUUUUGAAGGAGCAAACCAAAGGACUCAAGAGACAGCAUCAUAUUUUAGAACAUGUAAUGACUAAAAAUAAGAAGACUUUGAAAGAGCUAAAAGCUAUGAACCCUGCUCAAUUGAGGCAAGAAUUAGUCACUAAUCCUCAUUAUAAUCAGAUGUUCAUUGAACUCACCAAAAUCAAUGAGAAAGAAUAUGGGGAGUUUCUUGCACAGAAAAUUGAUAAAAAGGAAGAUAUUCAAGGAGAUCAGAAAGAAGCCCAAACAGAAGAAUCAAAGGAUUAUCUUCUUAAAGGAAGUAGCACGAAUAUACUGAAUAAGCGUGAAGAAAGUCCAAUCAGAGAGAUCGAAUAUAAGAAUCAAAAGGCAAAUAUCACAGAUAGUUAUCAAAAAUCUCAAGAUUAUGUGAGUUAUGGAUAUGAGUAUGUUGGAGUCGAGAAGGACCCUCAAAAAGUUGAUAGAAAUCUUCCGAUAAAUGACUAUGUCUACCAACUUUUGUGUAAUCCGAAUUGUACUGAUGAAAUCUUCAAGGAGAAGAUGAUAGAGUAUCAAUUCCAUAAAGACAAAUCAAUUGACAAUCAGAUUAAAAGACUGAGGAAACAGAUUGAGAUUGCUUCAAGCAAUAAUACGAUCAGAAAGAUGAGGUACAAGCAAUCUGACGCAGUUUUAUAUAAAAUUGAGCUCCAAAAUUUCUUACUUGACUGAGUAAAAGAAUGAAAGAAAUUCUUGCCUAGAGGACCUGAAGUAAAUGAUACUGAAGAAAUAAAGCAUCAAAAAUGGGCAGAAUAUACAAAACGCCAGAUGAGCGUUCAGAAGAAGAGGAAUAUACAGACUGCUAUUCCCGGGAAAAGAGGUAGAAAUCUGAGUAGGCCAAUUCACUCAAAGAAAUUGGAUAAAGAUAAACCAUUUGAGUCAUAUAAAGCAAAUGCAAGUAAUAGAAUUCUUGAUUCCUUGACUCAAAAAUUUGUCUCCAAUGAAGAUCUACUCGCUGAAUUUAUUACUAAAAUCACACUGAUCCCGAACAUGCAUGAAAAAGAGAUAAGUCUGAGCCAAAAAGAUAUCACUGGUGUUGAUGUAAGCAAUGAUGAUGGAAUCCUCAACAUUGAAAAGAGCACAAAGGAUCCAAAUCUAACCCACAUUAGCUAUAAGACCAAUGAAGAAGAUAUUAACAAUGCAAGUCUGGAUCUCAUAAACAUGUCGAUGGCCAAGCGGAAUUUGAACCGUUCGAAAUAUGUAGUUUUAAGGAAAGAAUCAGAAGAUUCAUUCUUGAGAAUGUGAAAUCCUAAAUCAAACUAUGGCUUGAAUAACUCGUCAACUAACAAAGAUACUAGGAUAGACUCAUCAUACACUACAGCUCCUAAUAAAGUGAAUUAUACAAACUUUAGGAUGAUUAGGAAGGUAAAUAAUAACAAAGAGAUCAUGAAAAGAAGGCCAUUCACGACACAAUCCUUGAAGCGAAAGCAUAAGAGAAAUGCGAUAAAUAAGUCUAUAGGAGCGAAAGAUACCAGCUUCUAUGGAUCCACUACUACUGCACAGGUUGGGAGAAUCAAUUAACCAAUUGAUUAAU